GCCCUUCCGCCCCUAACACCAAAAAUCACCAUUUGCACAAACAAUUUGUUGAUUCAGCUGCCAUCUAUAUAGCACUUACCAAUACCAUUACUGUUUCUUCAAGCUCCCUCUUUUAAAGAUAAAAAUGAGCUGCUGGGUCGGAGGAGACUGGAUGUGCGGCGCCUGCCAGCACCAGAAUUUUAAAAAGAGGGAAGCUUGCCAACGCUGCGGGUACCCCAAGUACGGCGGCCCCGAUGUGUCGACUUACUUAUACAACAACAGUUACAAUAGUGCUGAAGUUUUAGCAGGGGACUGGUACUGUUCCGCCAUGAACUGUGGGGUUGUCAACUACGCUAGCAGAACAAAUUGCUAUCGAUGUGGUUCGUUGAAAAAUGAUAUUGUUGGUAAUUAUAAUACAAUGGGCUGUGAUGGGACUGUUCCCCCUGGAUGGAAAACCGGUGACUGGAUUUGCACCAGAUAUGGAUGUGGAGUUCACAAUUAUGCUAGCAGGAUCGAGUGCUUCAAGUGCAAGACCCCAAGGAAUUUUGGUGGUGCAUAAGGAAUUAAGAAGAAUAUUGUGUGCAACCAAUGUUACUAGUUUCUUUUCAUAUAUCUAAUCCUUCACUCACCGGUUUUUGUUUGGUUUUAUUGGUGUCAACAAAUAUAACAUUUAGGAUGACCAAAAGGGUGAAAGCCCUUUCCUUUUUCAAGCUUAUCAGUGUAAUUGUAAUCAUCAACAAAAAGGGUUUCUGGUUUGGUUAA